AACUGUACUAUUAUAUCCCCGGAGGAAGGGUUGAUGACGUCUGUGGCAUACUUAAUGUGACUUAUUGAAAAAAAAGCAAGACUCCCUAUUCAUGGAUAAAAAUCCGAGGUAAUCGGAGCACAGCAGAAAAAGUUUUGUAAAAGGAUAUGUAGACAAACGAGUGCUGCUUAUUUCAUCGAGGUUUUGUUUGCCAAAGUGAUUUUGUGUAGUAUAUUGGUUAUUGUAUAAAAGUGCAGGGGCUGAAACGACGAGCACAUAAGCAAAGGACGGUGGCGCUUCAUGGAAGAGGUGCUGUGAGGAAGAUCUCUAUCUCUCUCACACAACCACAGCCGCACCCGAGUCGCAUCCAACAGCAUUUCUAUCUACCUACUCUGCAAUAGCAUGGCCAGAUCUAGUAAAGCGACUUUAGCGUUGCUCAUCUACGGAAUCAUGAUGCACUACAGCGCCUUCUGCACGCCUAUUGGGAUGACUUUUCCUAAGAUGAGACUAGACAACGAUGUAUUUGACGAAGACGGAAACUCGUUAAGCGACCUGGCUUUUGGCAAUGAUCAAAUUUCUAUACGAAGUCCUCCAUCUCUCACGGAUGACCUAUACACGCUAUACUAUCCUCCAGAGAAAAGAACGGAAAGGCAUGCAGAUGGAUUAUUAGAUAGAGCCUUGAGGGACAUCCUGGUUCAGUUAUCAGCACGAAAAUAUCUGCAUUCUCUGAUGGCAGUUCGCGUAGGCGGAGGAAGCAGCGAGGAAGACGAAUCGGAACCUUUAUCAAAAAGGCAUUCGGAUGGGAUCUUCACCGACAUUUACAGUCGCUACCGAAAACAGAUGGCCGUCAAGAAGUAUUUAGCAGCCGUCCUGGGAAGAAGGUACAGACAGAGAGUUAAAAACAAAGGACGUCGAUUUGCUUAUUUGUAGCGCUGACAAAACUGCCCCCAACUGCCCCUCCAUGUGUACAUUCAGUCCUAAGAUCAAAGUCAUUCUGAUAUAACUGAUUAAUCAGUGGAUCGCGCCUGUGUUCUUUAAACAUGUAUUUAUGUAUGAAGUAAAGCCAUUAAAAUGAAUAUUUUACUAAUAACAUUGUUUUUCUUUUUGUACAAAAGCACUUGAAACGCACAGUUAUACUUUGUGGACCAACAGUUCAGUUUCAUGUAUAUAGCUAUAUAUGUUGAAAACAAAAACCAUCAGGAAAAAAAAAAAGAUGAAAAAAAAAAAAGUGUGCACCUUGAACGUUAUGCGCCUGAUAUCUUUUCAAAUUCA